AAUUUGCAUUCGCUUACCUUUGAACCCGGAACCAUUUACUCAAACACAUUUGGAGGUGAAAUUCUUCCAAACGCCAAACGGUAAAGAGUGAUGUCCAAAAACAGGAAAAUAGCUUUCAUAUUUGGAGGGUUUGUAACGGCAGUUGCCGCUGCGUUUUACCCCAUUUUCUUCUACCCGCUCGCCCACAAAAACGAAUACAGAGAAUUCCAGAAGAUGAACCGGGCAGGAAUCGAGCAGGCUGACGUACAGCCCGUUGGUGUGAAGAUCUGGUCUGAUCCAUUCAAGAAGUGAUUCCCGAUGGACUGAGCUGGAGAGUGCUUGGCGUAGAUUCUCCGACAUGACUUGGAAGCUUGGCCGGGUGAAGAUUAAGAGCCACUGUCAAGCCACUCCACUGUCUGAAACACAACUAUUUAUUGUUUGUAUACAAAUAGUUUGGUCUCUGGAGUGCGUGUCCAUCCAUCAGGUAUGAAAUUAAACAACCAAGUAAAUCUUU